CCUUUAGUUUAGCAACAAGACCUUGUGAAUUAAUUCUCAACGAUGAUCGCCUUUACGAUUUUGCUGUGUAGUUUAGUUAUUACUCUCCCCCAGAUAGCCCUGGGUCUUCGGUGUGAACUAUGCGAGUCCAGCAUCGGAUGGGAUGAUUGCGUUGACAACUCACACGUGGAGACCUGCAGAAUCGACCGGACCCGCGAACAGCUGCAGAAAUUGGACUAUCAUUCGAAGGUCACAACUACCACCGUCAAACCCAUAACCGAGGAUGACGCGGCUUGCCUAAUGGUGGAGCUGACCGUGCUCGCCACCAAAGAAUCCAUCUUUCGACGGAGCUGCACCUACGAUCGGAACCUGUGCGAAGGCUGGGAUACCACAGCAGUUCUCGUUAAGGAGUGCUCUAUUUGUGCCCCAAAGGGUAAUUCUACGGCAUGUGUAGAGAAUCAUGUUGUGAUGGUGCCAAACGUGGCUGGUGCUGCAGGCAACGGCAGCACCGCAGCGCAUCUUCCGAUUCCGGUUGAACCAACGAUUGCACUCGGACCAAAUCUCACCUGUGUGUUUCAGCUGUCGAGCAGCACGUGUCCAAUAGUGCAUCUUGCUUUCAUGUUACUAGCGUUGCUGAUUAGUUUGAGCAUUUAAUUGUUCGCAUUUGCAUGAAAGGAUUUCAGUGAUGUUGGAAUAAAACCUCGAAUGUGUAAAUGUGUCGUCUUCCGCUAAACCUUUCUUUUUCAAUAGCAGUUUGUUGCGGAUGUAGGCUUAUAGCAACGUAAUCAUUUAAUCAUUUCGAUGCACACAUUAUGGUUGUAUAAAAACGGCAGCAGCAAAGAA